AUGUCUACCCAACCUCUCCUCCAGACUGCGCCGGGCAAGCGUAUUGCCCUGCCCACCCGCGUCGAGCCCAAAGUCUUCUUCGCCAACGAGCGCACCUUCCUCUCCUGGCUCAACUUCACCGUUAUCCUUGGCGGCCUAGCCAUCGGCCUCCUCAACUUCGGAGACAACAUCGGAAAGAUCUCCGCCGGUCUAUUCACCCUCGUCGCCAUGAUGGCUAUGAUUUAUGCGCUGUUUACGUUCCACUGGCGCGCGAAGAGCAUACGGAUGAGAGGCCAGGGAGGCUUUGAUGAUAGGCUAGGCCCGACCAUCUUGACGAUUGCUCUCUUUGCAGCAGUCGUAGUGAACUUCGUGCUGAGGUUGACCGUGGGAAGUGAUAGGAAAUAA